AUGGAUCAAAGUAUACAACGUGCUCUGAAUGAUAAGCUUUACGACAAACGGAAAGUCGGCGCCUUAGAUCUUGAACGGGUCAUUCGUGAUCUUACAGCAGCCAAGGAGUUUGAUAAAAUCAAAAAGAUCAUCCAGCAACUGUGUAACGAUUAUGCUUACGCUGUCCACCAGCCGCAUGCCAGGAAUGGCGGUCUCAUUGGUCUCGCUGCUGCUGCUAUUGCUUUAGGCCCGGACCUCGCAAGAUACCUCGACGAAAUUGUUCCACCAGUCCUCGCCUGCUUCACAGAUCAAGAUGCUCGAGUAAGGUAUUAUGCGUGCGAAAGUAUGUACAAUAUUGCCAAGGUCGCAAAGGGUGAAGUUUUACCUUAUUUUAAUGAUAUAUUCGACGCUUUAUGCAAGCUAGGAGCGGACUCAGAACUCUCUGUCAAAAAUGGUGCAGAGCUUCUGGAUCGUCUGAUAAAGGACAUAGUAUCUGAAUCUGCAGCUACCUACGUAUCGAUUCUUCAUACUUCUGAUGAUUCCAUGUCCGAUUCUAAUAAAGAAACCCUUGAGGAUUCCGAUGAUCUUCCUACAGCCUUCUCCCUGGCUCGCUUCAUACCUUUAUUAAAAGAACGGAUUUACGUGAUAAAUCCAUUCACGCGCACCUUUCUCGUGGGAUGGAUAACUUUAUUAGAUUCUAUUCCAGAUUUAGAACUUGUUUCUUUCCUCCCUGAAUUUCUCGGUGGGCUGUUCAAGUUCUUGAGCGAUCCAAAUCGUGAUGUUCACGUGGCUACUCAAGGUGCAAUUGAGAGAUUUCUUAGUGAAAUAAAGCGGAUUUCACGCAUUAAGAAAGGUAUAGAAGAAAGCCGAAAAUCGCGCAGCGACACGAAACGAAAACGAUCGGGUUCUAUGGACAGCGAAGGAUCGACGGCACCAGAUCUAGGUGGAGAGGACGACUCAGGUAUGGAUGUAGAUGACAAAGACAUCAGUAGUGACGACGACUGGGUUCCUGGUCAAGAUGUUCACGUAAAUCAUAAAGAAAUUCUUGUUAUCCUUACGGCGAAUCUGGACACUCCAUUGGAAGAGGAUAGCUUACUUGAAUCGCUAAGAUGGAUUGUUGAAUUCCUAGAUAUCUGCCCUGAAGAAGUCCUUCCAUUUGCCCCAAAGAUAUUGGCACAUUUACUUCCAGCUAUGGCUAGUGGAGUAGAUACCAUUCGACAAGCUGCUGCCCGUGUCAACACAUCCUUGAUGGCUUAUGUUGUGUCACUAUCGGAUGAAGGUGGUGCUACUUCCGAGGCACCUUCCUCAGCCCCUUCAAGAUUUCUCGCCAUGAAAGAAUCAAAUCCCACCGAACGAAGAGAUUCUUCCGCUACAAAUCGUGGCUCCUUGUCCGGGUCUCGUGAGCUUGAUAAGAGAGAUAUAGAAGUACAGACACCCCCACCUCCCUCUAGCAAAGCGCAAACACCUACGCCGCCAUACCAGGCACAUGUAGAUCUCGAUUAUGCUGCAGCGGUCAGCUCAUUAACGUUACUAUUUCUUAAUGAUCACGAAGUAACCAGAGUUGAAGCUCUAAAUUGGUUACUUAUGCUACACAGGAAAGCACCUAAAAAGCUGCUUGCAUUUAACGAUGGAAUAUUUCCUGCUCUUCUCAAAACGCUCUCUGAUCCAUCGGAAGCCGUUGUGACUAAGGAUCUCCAACUACUAUCUCAGAUCUCGAGAAACAGCGAUGAUGACUAUUUCACUUCUUUCAUGGUAAACUUACUUCAACUAUUUUCCACUGACAGGAAGCUCCUCGAGACUCGAGGAAACUUGAUCAUUCGACAAUUAUGUAUUAAUCUUAGCGCAGAAAGAAUCUACAGAACACUUGCGGAUUGCAUAGAGAAGGAAGAAGAUGUUGAAUUUGCAAGCAUUAUGGUACAGAACCUUAAUAAUAAUCUCAUCACUGCACCGGAAUUAGCAGAUCUUAGAAAAAGACUUCGAAAUAUUGAGAACAAGGACGGACAAGCUUUCUUCGUCGCUCUCUUCAGGUCUUGGUGCUACAAUGCUGUAGCUACCUUCUCACUUUGUCUUUUAGGUCAAGCUUAUGAGCAAGCAUAUAAUCUUCUUCAGAUAUUUGCCGAACUCGAGAUGACAGUCAACAUGCUUAUCCAAAUCGAUAAACUUGUGCAAUUGCUAGAAUCACCUGUCUUCACAUAUCUUCGCCUCCAAUUACUAGAGCCCGAAAAAUAUCCUCAUCUUUACAAGUGUCUUUACGGCCUUCUUAUGCUGCUUCCACAAUCCUCGGCCUUUGCAGCAUUGAAGAAUAGGUUAAAUAGUGUGAGCGCAAUAGGCUACCUACACAUAGCACCUCGAGCGUACGUACCUUCUUCAUCUCGUAAUAACAGUGUAGUGGACGCGUUUUCUACCCUUGCUCUCCAUCAACGUCAAAAGAGUGGCACAGAAACUCAUAGUUCUUCUCCUUCAUUUAGCGUUCAGACGACUGCAGGACCGUCAAAUUAUGACAGGAGUAGCAGAUUGAAAGGCAGGGAGGAAAGUGGUAUCAGGUGGGGAGAAUUACUUGACAAAUUUAGAAUUGUACAAGAGAGGGCGAGACGGGCGAGAAGGCCUGGUGGGGAUAUGGAUGAUGGAUUGAGCGGCUUUGAGUCGAGGAUGGAGAGUGGUGAGAGUAGGGGUUUCAAAGAUUCGACGAGGUUAUCUGCACCGUCUCCAGUAUCUAAAGAUGCGCCAAGUGGAAUUCCAUCCGGACCACAACAUACGAAAUCGAGGAGUAGCCUAGGCAAGUUUGGCAGAUUGGGAGGAGCGGUUGCAGGGGGUAGACCAAGGAAGUGA